AGAUCGCAGCCCUUGAGGAGAGAUCAGGGUGCUCACUGUGGGACCUUCAAUGUUUCCAGAAGAGAAAGUCCAUGCUCACAGCGCGUGGACUUACUAGCAGCUUUCUGUUCCAAGCAGAGCCAAACAUGUGAGAAGAUGUCUGUUGGAGGUUGCGCUUGCCCAGGUUGUUCGUCAAAGUCAUUCAAGCUGUACUCCCCAAAGGAGCCACCCAACGGUAGUGCCUUCCCCCCAUUUCACCCAGGCACAAUGCUGGACAGGGAUGUGGGACCAACACCAAUGUAUCCCCCAUCAUACAUGGAACCUGGUAUUGGGAGGCACACACCGUAUGGAAAUCAAACAGACUACAGAAUAUUUGAGUUCAAUAAACGAUUACAGAACUGGACAGAACAGGACUGUGACAAUCUUUGGUGGGAUGCCUUCACUACUGAGUUUUUUGAAGACGAUGCCAUGUUGACUGUCACAUUUUGUUUAGAAGAUGGACCCAAACGAUACACAAUCGGCCGGACGUUGAUCCCUCGGUACUUUAGAAGUAUCUUCGAAGGAGGCGCCACUGAACUUUUCUACGUCCUAAAGCACCCCAAGGAGUCUUUUCAUAGCAACUUUGUGUCUCUCGACUGUGAUCAGUGUACCAUGGUCACGCAGAACGGCAAGCCCAUGUUCACACAGGUUUGUGUAGAAGGCCGGCUGUAUCUGGAAUUCAUGUUUGAUGAUAUGAUGCGCAUAAAGACGUGGCAUUUCAGCAUCAGACAGCACCGGGAAGUCGUACCACGCAGUAUACUGGCGAUGAAUGCCCAAGACCCUCAGAUGCUUGACCAGCUGUCAAAAAACAUCACAAGAUGUGGGUUGUCCAAUUCAACAUUAAACUACCUCCGACUUUGUGUAAUUCUGGAGCCCAUGCAGGAGUUGAUGUCAAGACACAAGACAUACAGCCUUAGUCCCAGAGACUGCCUAAAGACGUGUUUAUUUCAGAAAUGGCAACGAAUGGUUGCCCCACCAGCAGCUGAGCCGGCGAGACAAGCUCCAAACAAGCGGCGGAAACGGAAGAUGUCCGGUGGCAGCACAGUGAGUGCUGGUGGGGGAACCAACAAUAACAGCAACAGCAAGAAGAAAAGUCCAGCCAGCAGCUUUGCGCUUUCCAGCCAGGUACCUGACCUGGUUGGAACAAAAACCUGUACAGUUCCGGAGCUUGAGGACCGGAGUUGAGAACCACUACGUAAAAUCUCUUAUAAAUAAAUUAAUAAAUAAAAUAAGCAAAUAAGUGAAAUGUUGAUGGUACUGGAGUCCUGGUCAUGCUCAGUAUGGUCAUUUUCAAAAGUGGACUGACCGUGAAGCCGGGCUCCAAAGAGGUGUUUGUUUUAUCUCAUCCUUUGUUUUUAUUUUUCUACCAAUUUGUAAGGGAAAAAAUCCUACAAGCAAGUAACUAAUAUCCUGUUUAUUGUUUGCACUGUUGUCCCUCUAUUUUUGAUCUAUUUUUCAUAUAAAAAAGAAUACAUUUUGUUCUUUUUAUUCUUCCCUAUUAAGUGGAAUUUGAUUAAAUAUAACUGGAGAAUGGUAGAUUUAUAUAUAAUAAGUUGUAUUCUAUUAUUAAUAUUACCGUUAUUUCUUUGCAGUACAAAGUUGACUUCCUGUUGUACUAAAUUUAUCAUGGCAUGGCAAACAUGUAUGUUUUAAAUUUGAUACAGUUGAGUGCAAAAGUGUCUAGUCCAUCUGUAUAAUUUAUUUAUUAAAUAGAUCAAAAUAAAUCAGAUUGGGCCGCUCAUGUGGCGCAGCAGUAAAAACACACGCUGGAACCAGAGCUGGUAUCUCGAAUACAUCGUAUCGAAUCUCAGCUCUACCUGCCGGCUAAGGCUGAGCUGCCACAUGAACAACGAUUGGCCUGUUGUUCAGAUAUGGGUGGGAUUAAGCCGGAUGGGGUCUUUCUCCCAUGACUGGUACAAUUAUGGCUGGCUGAUUGAUGGCGCCUGCACAGAGAUGAGAAAAGAGUGCUCUCAGGGUGUGUCUCUCCGUACACAACGCUGAGCUGCACUGCGCUCGUCAAAGCAUAUGGCAUGCCGCCCACGUGUUGGAGGGACGGUGGGUUAGCUUCGUUCUCCUCAAUCAUAGCAGGGAUCGGCUUUGGUGGAGAGGAAGCAUGAUGCAAUCAGGCAAUUGGACGUGCUAAAAGGGAGAAAAAGGGGAGGAAAUGCAUAAACAAAAUAUAAAAUAAAUAAAUAAAUCUGAUUGGUUUUGGAUUUGCCCAGUUACAUUUUGGUACAAGGCAAAUAUUAGAAUAAAGGAAAUUUAUGAACACACAUUACACAGGAAUGAGUUUAAAAGGCAAAACCUAGGCAAACAAGUUGUGUAUGUCUACCAAAUUCUGGAUUUUUGUCUCUAUAAUAUCUUAAUUUUUAAUUACCAAAAAUGCUUCAGUAGUGUAUUCACAGAUUAUCAGUAAACAUACUAAAUGCCUUAAAUUCUAUUUCUUGGUCUGUUUUUAUUGGUAAUAAGGGUAUACAAACAUUUGCACUCAACUGUUCAUUAAGAGUAGCUUGUUAUUUACAGGGUUUUUACCUCUGUAUGUUUGCUGCUACACUUUUAUUAGGUCAUUUUAAUUCAUGUCGCAUAAUUUCAGUGUGUAUUUAGAAAACGCCAUCAUUAAAACCUUUGAUACGAUGACCAAAUUUUUUCAAAAGUGAUUUUUUUUUUUUUACGCUACAGACCAAGGAGCUAAGAGCAAGUUACUUCAAUCGCUGGUGUAUUUUGUUUUUAUGAAGAAUUUUUCUUUCAUUGUUUAGUUUUGUGUAUUUGUGCUUGUAUAUUUAAAACUGUAGCUAAGGUCUGUAUAAGUGUAAUUGUAUUAACUCGUCUUUAGAACAUCCCUAAGGACUUGCAUUUUAAUGUAAAAAUGUAAAAGCUGACCAUGCAUUGUAGUUUAUAGUCAAUGAUUUUUUUUUAUUAUUAGAUUAGCCAUAGGUACUGUUCACUUCUGAGGGUCGAUUAAAGUUCCGCAGUGCACAAUGUAUUUAUUUUUCUUUCCAUUGCAUAAUGGCUGUAUACAAUACAUAUUCUGUACAAUGUCAUUCCUUUUUGUCAUGUCAAAUAUGAUCAUUCUCUCAAUAGAGAGAUUUGCAAAAGUUAAUGCUGCCUUUAUUUCUGUUUCUCAUCACCUAAUGUCAGUGAGGUAUUAGUUAUCUAAGCUUUCACGAUCUAAAAUGAGUCCCCUAGAUCAGUGGUCCCCAACCACCGGGCCGUGGGUCAUUUCUUACCGGGCCGCACAGAAAGAAUAAAUAAUUAGAGAUCGCUUCAUCAGCAAUGAAAACACUCCUUUUUUAUGGGUGUUAUUGUCUCCAGUCACCCCUAUGUGGGAGCAGUCUUGUUGCAGCGAAAAAAGCUCAUUUGUGAGUAGUGCAGUUAUUCUAUUUUUAAUCCCACCGCCCUGCCGGUCCGUGAAAUCAUAUCUUAUAUGAAACCGGUCCGUGGUGCAAAAAAGGUUUGGGACUGCUGCCCUAGAUUUUAAAGCUUGUAGACAGAUAUACUAGAUUUCUAACACUAGAGGGAAAUUCUGUGUUAUGGUCCUGUGUCAUUAGGACAAACAUAUUUUAGUUCAGCCAAGUAUUCUGCCAGUUCUGUGGCUGUUUUAUAUUCAGUAAAACCAGCGGUGAACACUUUGACUUCUCUCCAGCAGUUUGCUGUUGGUUUGGGGUUUUACACAAAUUUAAAGGCUUGAGUCAUUUGUGUUCUUGUAGAGCCCCUUUGAUAGUGGCUGUUUGAUAAAUCUAUUUUUUUCUAGUGCCCACUAUUAAUAAUUCAUGUAUGGUAUUAAAAAACUGAAUUUU